UCCCUGGGUAUCAAACAGAUGUAUCUACUUCUUCUUUUAUGCCUUCUAGUGUCUUUUUUCUGACUCUUCAGUGUUCACUUGUUUUCCUUCCUCUUUUCUUACAUUUAUAUUUAUGGCAUUUGGUAGAUGCCCUUAUCCAGAGCGACUUACAUUUAUCUCAUUUUUUUAUACAACUGAGCAGUUGAGGGUUAAGGGCCUUGCUCAAGGGCCCAGCAGUGGCAGCUUGGUGGUGCUAGGGAUUGAACUCAUGACCUUCUGAUCAGUAGGCCAACGUCUUAACCACUGAGCUACCACUGCCUGUUUCUUCUAGAAGUUUUUUUCUUCUGCCACUCCAUGGUGGUCCUGCUGGAGGAUGUGGUCAGUGAGAGGUGUGUGUGAGACGUCCUACCCAGGAGACGAUGCAGUGUGUGACCAUCAUGGCCAGAGACUCUCGCUCUUCUGUCUGGAUGAUCUGUUGCCCGUGUGCUGCGAGUGUGUGCCCGUACACACACACGAUGGACACCGAGUGUACCCUGUGGAGGAGGCAGUAAAAGACUGCAGGGGGGAGCUGGAGACUUUAAUCAGCUUACUACAGCAGGGAGUUCUGAAAUGUGCUGUGAUUAAACACACGAGUGAGUCCGUCUUCCAUCACAUCCAGGGUCAGGCUGAGCAGACAGAAAAGCAGAUAAAGGAGGAGUUUGAGAAGCUUCAUCUGUUCCUCAGAGAGGAGGAGGAGGCCAGGAGAGCUGCACUGAGGGAGGAAGAGGAGGAGAAAAGAGAGAGGAUGAAGGAGAAGUGUAGAGAAGUGGAGGAAAUGAUGGAGUUUAUUUCAGACACCAUGACACAGAUAGAGAGAGGACUAGAGCUGGAUGAUGUGGACUUUCAGGAGAUGUAUCAAGACACAGUCAAAAGAAUAUGGAAGUGCCAAACAAAGCCAGAGAAGUUCUUAGGAUCUCUGAUCGAUCUACCUGAACAUGUGGGGAACCUGAGGUUUAAAGUGUGGGAGAAGAUGCUGGAGGAAGCAUCACACAGCUCGGUAACGCUGGACAGUAACACUGCCUCUGCCUCCCUCACUGUCUCACCUGGUCUCAAUCGGGUCCUGUACUCACCAAUGCAGUGUCCUUCUCUCCCUAAUGUUCCUGAACGUUUUCACCCCUACUCCAGCGUCUUGGGGUCAGAGCUCAUCCUCUCAGGUCGACGCUCUUGGAUCGUUGAUGUGACUGACAGCACUAACUGGACUUUGGGCGUGGCUGAGGUGUCAAUCAAGCGAAAAGAGACCUAUGAGGCAUGCCCAGAGGCGGGGCUUUGGACCAUCAGCUUAAGGGAUGACCAGUAUUACGCCAUGACAUCACCAUGUGAGCGUCUAGACCUUGGUGAGCUCAGACCUCGACGGAUUGGCAUGUGUGUGGAUUGGGAGAGCGGUAGUGUGUGUUUUACAGACUCAGACUGUGACACACACCUAUACACUUUCUCACAAACAUUCAGCAAGCCACUGCUGCCGUACUUUGAGAGCAUCUGCUCCGAGAAGCCAAUGAUUCUGUUACAAAACAGGGUUUCAGUGAUCAUUCAAGAAGAGGAAGUUGCAGGUGAUGAUAAAGACGAUUAUAAUCAUACAAAAGUUCUACAUUUGAAUGGUAAUUAAACAAAAAAUAUUGUAGUUUAAAGCUAAGAAUACAUACGCCAAGGCAGUGGCUCUCAAAUAUAAAUGUUUGAAUUAUGUUUGAGUUGAUAGUUAUUAGCUUGUUGUGAUAUGUGUUGAUAUGUGAUAUUCUCUAAUAAUAAAAAAUUGUAAUUGUUGGAUGGUAUAAGAGGAAUAAAACACUUGGAGGUGUGCUGUUAUAGAAAAUAAUCAUCUUCAGGGUGGUAACAGUAACUAGAAACAGAAAUAAAAACAAAAGAUGCAGUCAUUCAGUACUUUAAACUAAAUAUUCUUGAGUAAUAUGAUUAAUAAAUGUUUAUGUGUGUUUCCCA